GCAAAAUAUCAUGUUUUGUCGAGCCUUCUUAGUGUUGUAAAAAUAGCGAUUUUGAUGCUCACAACAUAUUGAAGGCAUAGCUUCUAGUUCUUUUGCGACCACUUCAGGUCCUCAAAAUGGCGGAAGACAAGAGAGUGACGCCAGCUGAAACCCAUGUAUACAAUACAAUCCUUUUAAAAGCAUUGUAGUAGUCCAUAGUCCUGAAAGCUUUAUGACUUAAAAGUCCUUUCAGUGUUAAAUAAAAAAAAUAUAUAUUAUAUUGUGUAUAAAAAAGUACACAAUUAAAAGAAGGAGAGGGCAUUGUACAAAUAAAGAAAAAACUUGAAAGCAUUGAAAAGAUUAUAAGUCGUGCAAAUUGUACAUGUUUGGAGUGCUUCUUGUUAGGAGAAAAACAUUUCUUUAAACAGUGUUUUUAUAUCUGUUAAAAAUACUUUAAUAGGUUUGCAUUUUUGUAUAUAAAAUCUACACAAGUACAGAAUUAGGUUUAUUUAAAAACAAACAUUUGAAGAAAUAAAAGCAUAUUCGCUUUUGAUAUUAAAGGAAUUGCGUCAUUGACGUAACUGCCUGCGCCCAACGCGUAGCUACCAUAGCAACCGAACUAAACAGGAAACUCUGCGUGUAGAGUUCGUUACAAAUCAGCGAUAAAGGUAAUGUUGUCUUUUUACAAUGUAUUAAUCUGCUUGUAAUGCUUAUUUUGAACGUUUGUGCAAAUGCAGAAUGAACAGUAGGCUACUUAACCAGUUAGUUGCCAGAAUUAUCCUGUCUGUUUAACUAAAUAUGUCAGUUAUAUGUGAAUAUAUUAAAAUAAAUCAAACAUACUAAUUUAAAGCACCCUUCUGAAAGAAAUGUCAAGACCCCAGACAUCUCAACAACAAGCGCACACGGCACAUGCAUCUGUUGCUUUUGGUAACUGGGCACUUCCAAAACUCUGCAAGGAGCUGCAGGACGAUGAUCUGGUUACCCGGCAGAGGGCGCUAGCUGCACUCUGUGACAUCGUGCAUGACCCUGAGCGGGCAUUUGAAGCCAUUCUCAAUGGAUGCAUGGAAAGACUUAGGGAGUUACUGCAAGAUGAAUUAUGCAGGGUCAAAACUGUUGAAGUGCUUUACGUGCUUGCAGCACAGAGUUUGGGAAGAGAUGCCUUUUUUAAAUAUGACAUGAUGGUACCCCUCGCAAACCUAUUGGAUGACCCUGUAGAUGCCUGCCGAAAAAACGUGCAUCAAACCCUCAACAGGAUGGCUGAAUUUCCCUCAGGAGCAGUAUUCAUGGUGUCUAUGGGCCUGGUGCCUAGACUGGUGCUGAAGAUCCCAGUGGAAGCAGAGGACAUUCGUGCUUUAAUUUUAUCCACAUUAAGCAGUUGCAUCAUGGUGAAUGCCCAUCCUGCUAUAGAAUGUGAUAUAAUACCUGUUUUGAGAGAUCAGCUUUCUCACACCUCCCCGGACAUCCGCCAGGCAGCCACAUCUGCCUUAGUAGGAAUCAGUGUUCCUGCACGUGGUAAGACGCAAGUGUGUGAGGAGGAUCUUCUGCCCUUGAUGGUCAACCUGCUGUCAGAUAGUGAUCAAGUGGUCAUUGCUAAUGCUGCAGGGACCAUUAUGAACACAGCUGUUAUCACCAGGGGUAAGCAUGAGGCGUUGAAAGCAGGUGCCAUCACCCCUCUGCUGCGGCUGGUGGUGAGUGAGAACAGAGCGGUGUGUGCCAAUGCCCUCCGUGCCCUCACAGUCUUGGCAGAGGUUCCUGGUGCCAGAGCUCAGCUGCUGGAGCAUGUGCCUCUGCUGAAGACCAGACUCCAACAUACUGACUCCAUCAUUCAAAGAGCUGCAUCCACAGCCAUUGAAGUCAUCUCCUGGAAGCCAUGAGGGCAAAAAAGAUUUUUAGCCAUAUUGUGAUGAAUAAGUUAAUUUAUUGUUCAUGUCUUAAUUACCUCAGAGCCACAUAAAAAUCUUAAAAAACACACAUGUAAGAAAAU